AAGGGGCAACCGGAACCGUGUAGCCGCUAGCUGCUGUUAGCUUCACGGCGGAAUUAACUUCCUGACACAAACAAAUAUAAGCUCUUGUGUAAAACAUCUAUCUUCGGUUGAUCAGAAAACCUCUGUCAGCAUCCCGGUGUUUUAUCACAGUCCCUAACCGGUAACAAGCCGGUAACGGGCCUCUGUAACUGAAAUCGCUAUUAGCUUUAGUUAGCCUAGCUCCUGAGGACCGUGUGAUGGGGGCGCAGCGCAGUGAGGGAGGCCGGGACGGGCUACUGCUGGACGCGGAGCAGGAGGAGCAGAGACCGGCGCCGUGGAACCUGAUGAUCAAACACAGACAGAUCCAGCGUCGUGGCCGCCGCUCACACAUGGCCGUCAGUCUGGCUCUCACUGACCUCUGUCUCUCUCUGUCUCACCUGUGUGCCUGCAGCUACACAGACCCUCAGGUGUCGAUGGAUCUCUUGAGGGCAGUGCUUCAGCCGAGCUUCAACGAUGACAUCAUGGCUGUGUUCAGGAAGUACCACAAGUUCUUUGACAAAGCGGCGCAGAACGUGAAGGAGAACGUCAGCGAGGAGGUGCAGACGGAUCAGCUGAUCCGAGAGGCCUGCAGAAACGCUCUGGAACAUGCCAAACAGCUGUUUCCAGAGGCGGAGGUGAAGAGGGCGGGACCAGAGGCCGCUAUCAAGAGGGCCAGAGCUGCUGAUGAGGACUACAGUCAGAGAGGAAGCCCCGCCCCCAAGAAGAGGAGGGCUCGUCCAGCUGCAGCGGCGUCUGACCGGACCCACGGCUUCCCCUCUCAAGUGAAGCCCAAGUCUGACUCCAUCAAGAAAGAAGGUCCAAAGUGGGAACCUUCCAGACUGAACGAGGGCAGCACGUUCGUUCUGGGCUCCAGAGCCAACAAGGCGCUGGGGAUGGGCGGGACCAGAGGACGCAUCUACAUCAAACAUGCUGACCUGUUCAAGUAUGCUGCGGACGCCAAGGACAAGCAGUGGCUGGCAGAGCGGCACCACAUGAGAGCGACGGGAGGGAAGAUGGCCUACCUGCUGAUCGAGGAGGACAUCCAGGAUCUGGCCCGCAGCGACGACUACAGGGAGGGUCCGGAGGUGAGGAUGGACGAGCUGAAGCCGUUCUCUGUUCCUGUGUGGAUGGUGGAGAAGAUGCAGAGAGCCAUGGAGGCGCAGAGGGACAUCGACCACUGACACACACACAUAAAAACUAACUGCUUCUCUCACACUCUCUCUCACACACACACAACCCUCUGACCCUCCCCCCACAUACCAAGAACUUAUUUUUUCUGCUGUUUUUCAAAAUAAAAGUUCAGACCGUACAA